AUGGAAGACCGUUCGUUUGAGCCUAUGCUCGUCGCUGGCAAUUGCCAGGUCAACCUCUGGGAACGAUUACAACCAUUCCUAGUUUUAGCGUCUUCAACUGCCUUGGUGUUCACAGGAUGUGGCAUCAAUUUCACCUUCGGUGUCUACCAAGAGCUCUAUGAUUCCAUGUCUAGAAUUCCGAACACUCCCUUCACUGGGGCAUCACCAGCUCAGAUAGACCUCAUCGGAACACUCUCCAUUGCUUUGAUGACUAUUGGCGCUCCAUUUACAACUGCCUGGACAAAACAGUACUCCCCACGAGCCGUUAUAUGGAGUGGCGGUAUCAUUUACGCCGCUGCACUGGUUCUUGCCAGCUUUAGCCAGGCUCUCUGGCAAUUUAUCCUCACCCAGGGCCUUCUCUUGGGAAUUGGGACUUGCAUGGCUUACAUGCCUUCGGUAACAGUGGCGCCCACAUGGUUUUCCCGUCAUCGGGGUCUCGCAAUGGGCGUCAUUCUUUCGGGGACUGGGAUUGGAGGCGUCGUCUGGCCCCUAGCUUUCCGAUCGCUUAUUGAGCGUGUCGGGUUUCGCAACACCCUCCGUAUUACAGCGGGUAUAUCAUUCGUUUUGAUCAUGACCGCUGGAUUCUUUAUGAAGUGGCCAGCCAGCCAAUUAUCUCGCAUCCAGACCGAAAACACUGCUAAUUCCCGCCGAUUGAAUUUCCUAAGAAUCCCACUGAUUGACUGGCGUGUGGUGCGAACUCGCAAGUUCGCAGCCCAUGCGUUGGGCGCAGCACUUCAAUCUGCUGCGUAUUAUACCCCGGUGUUCUUCUUUGCUUCGUUUGCGCGUACCUUGGGUUACUCGCAGGCGACUUCGGCGAAUUUCAUCGCCAUAUCAAACGCGGCUAAUGCCUUGGGCAAAAUCGUUAUUGGCUAUGCUGCCGAUCGAAUGGGAAGACUAAAUACUCUCUUCCUGUCCACAUUGGUCUCUGCAAUUGCCGUCCUGGCCCUGUGGCUACCGUCCGCACUUUCGACCACUGCAGCCAGUGGAAGCAUGCUGUUCAUUGUAUUCACAAUCUUUUAUGGAAUAUUCGCCUCGGCUUACGUAUCCUUGUUUCCAACGAGUUUGGUCGAACUCUUCGGUAUCCAGAACUUUGUUAGUGUCAAUGGUGCACUGUAUAUGGUUCGAGGUCUUGCGACACUGCUCGGCACGCCGGUGGCUGGUUUACUGAUCAGAAGCAACCAGCAACAAAAGGCAAGUCCGAGAAGCUACGAGAAUACCAGUAUCAUGGUUGGAGUUCUUCUGGCUGCUGCCACUUUCGCGGUCCUAUGGGUGCGAAUCGAGGCGACUGUAACGCUAGAGGGAGGGCAGGGGCAUCGAAGGAAGUGGGUGAUGUAG